AUGGGUUUUGGGAUGUUUUCCUCACAACAAGGUAAUAACUUGAAGAAAGUCCUAAGUCAACCCAUAUGCAAAGGGCCAACGGUUAGUAUUCACAAACACAUUGAUAAACCAAAAUUCCGAGCUAAGUCUAGCAUCAGACCAACUCCAAGGAGCUCGACGUUAAUGAAACCUACUGCUAGUCAGCUGUACUGGUUAUCGGUUGGAGCUAAACCAACAGACUCAGUCGAGAACAUGCUCUUCAGGGCCGGUUUGAUUCCUCCAAAGCCUAUGGUUGUAGUAGGUUCCAAGAACGGACAGCAAUCCACCAACCACCAUGUUUCACCCAUUACAGGUGAGAUCUUGAACUAG